AAAAAAAGAGAAUAAGAAUCCCAGCUUGCCCUCCUAUUAAUAUGAAAGUGUGGUCAGAGUCUCAUAGAUGCUACACUAGAUAGAGAUAUAUAGAUAUAUACACACACUGCAGCUCAUAUAUAGGAAUUGGAGGAGAGUGCUCUUCAUGAGAGUAUCUCUCAACCCAACCACACUCAAUUAUUUCUACUUCACUAUGUGCAAUCCCAAUCCCCUUCCCGAUCACAACAAACACCCUCCGCCACCGCCGCCCCAGUGCCACCUCUAUCUUGAUCUGAUAUCUGUUGCCACCACCUUCAAGCACCAAGAAACCGCCAAACCGCCGCCGUCCCAGAUCAGCAGCCUCCCCUCCGCCGCUGAGAUUCUCACCGAGGCUAAAGCUCUUCUCAGCUUAGCUUUCCCCAUAGCUUUGACGGCCCUUAUUCUAUACUCCCGCUCCAUGCUGUCCAUGCUGUUUCUGGGCCACCUUGGAGACAUCGAACUGGCGGCUGGCUCGCUAGCUAUCGCCUUCGCCAACAUCACCGGCUACUCAGUGCUCUCCGGGUUGGCUCUUGGAAUGGAGCCGCUCUGCGCUCAAGCCUUCGGCGCUCAGCGGCCGAAGCUGCUCUCUUUGACUCUCCAGAGGGCUGUUGUUUUUCUCCUCGUCUGCUCUGUUCCAAUCACUUUUCUUUGGCUCAACAUUUCCAGCAUUCUUCUGUAUUUGCACCAGGACCCCAGUAUCACUAGAUUGGCCCACACAUAUCUUGCCUUUUCGAUCCCUGAUCUUAUCACUAAUUCCUUUAUCCACCCCAUUAGGAUUUACCUUCGGGCUCAAGGUAUCACUCACCCCCUCACCCUGGCUUCUCUUGUUGGGACGGCUUUCCACCUGCCCAUCAACUACUUGCUCGUUUCGCGCCUCCGUCUCGGCGUGGCCGGUGUGGCGGCUGCCUCCGCCUCCUCCAACUUGGUUGUGCUUCUGGCGCUGGUCAUCUACGUCUGGGCUCGUGGGUUGCACGUGCCGACGUGGACCAAGCCAAGCCUCAAGUGCUUGACGGGUUGGGGGCCGCUUGUUCGGCUGGCCGCGCCGAGCUGCGUUUCGGUGUGCCUUGAGUGGUGGUGGUACGAGAUCAUGAUAGUGCUGUGUGGGCUCUUGGUGGACCCCAAGGCCACGGUGGCGUCGAUGGGGGUGCUGAUCCAAACGACGUCGUUGCUCUACGUGUUCCCAUCUUCACUAAGCCUAGCGGUUUCCACCCGUGUCGGAAAUGAGCUCGGAGCAAACCGACCCAAAAACGCCCGGGUCUCCACCAUCGUAUCCAUCUUUCUAGCGGGCGUAAUGGGCCUAUCAGCUAUGACGUUCGCGACGUCGAUGAGAAACCGGUGGGCCCAAAUGUACACCAACGAUCUCAACAUCGUGCGGCUGACGUCCGCCGCGCUACCGAUCCUGGGGCUGUGCGAGCUCGGGAACUGCCCGCAGACCGUCGGAUGCGGUGUGGUGCGGGGGACAGCCCGCCCCUCCACCGCAGCUAAUGUGAACCUCGGCGCAUUCUAUCUGGUGGGCAUGCCAGUGGCAAUCGGGCUUGGGUUCCUACUGGGGGUCGGGUUCUGCGGGCUCUGGAUUGGGCUUCUCUCGGCCCAAGUAUGCUGCGCUGGGCUGAUGCUGUAUGUGGUGGGGACCACAAACUGGGAGUACCAGGCCAUGAGAGCACAGCUGCUCACGUGCGCAGGAUGUAGUGAAACAACGUUGCCUCGUGAUGGUGACGAGAAUGACAGCGAGCCCUUGAUUUCCGUUAGGGUGACGUCACCGUGAUCAGGAUCCCCCGCUUGACGAAAUUGACACUGCUGAUAUUGUUAUUUUUCACAUAUUUACAUUUCCCCCCCACCACCAAUUACUUCUAUUUUUCUGAUUCUAAUCAGCCUCUAUUGUGAAUCACUGAUUUUUUUUUGGGGUUUGGAGUCAUGGGUGGA